GAAGUGUUUUUUUCUCGGAAAAACACUGAUGUCAUACAAAGUUGUUGUUAAACCAAUCGACAGCUUAAAAACGAUCAAAUAAAGUUUCAAGUUUCACUUUUGCUCAGAGUUGUGACGAGAGCAAAAAUACAUGUUGAAAUCAUGGCGGAGAAAGCAACCCCUUCAUCAAACCCAUCCCUUCCUGAUCUACAGCAGGAAUCAUCCUCCAUGACACCCAGAACUAAUGUGACAUCCAGAGAAAAUGCUGGCAUUGAAAUAAACCUAAUGAUUGAUUCAAUUUCUAAUGUAUCUGUUGAUGUCAUCGUUAACAGCACCAAUAAACAGCUCCAGCUUAGCAAUGGUUCUAUCUCCAAAUCUAUUCUCAAUGCUGCUGGUCCCCAGAUGCAAGAUGAAUGUAACCAGAAAUAUCCUCGAGGUAUUUCUACAUCUGAAAUAGCCGUCACUAAAGGAUAUAAACUCAAAUGUAAGAAUGUAUUUCAUCUGGCAUUACCUCCCUGGGAUGAAUAUCCCCCUGAUUCAAUUCUGGCAAACUUGACUCAUAUAAUAACCACUUGUCUGGAAAAGGCUGAGAGAAUAGAAGCAACAAACCUGGCAUUUCCUAUAUUAGGAGCCGGAAAAUUGAGGUACCCCAUUGAAAAAUUACUUGGAAUUAUGUAUGAAGCAGUGAAAAACUACUCAAUUCAAAAUUCAAGCCAGAUCAAAGAUGUUUACUUUGUGGUUUAUCCUCAAGACACAGAAAUUCUGAAGAAAUUUGAUGAAUAUUUCCAAGGAAACAGGAGGGGUUUAGAUACAUCAUCAGAAAUUCAUCCACAAGAGAAAGCAGCUUCUGUGACACCUGAAACUCAUGUGGCAUCUGGAGAAAAAGCUUGCAUCAAAAUACAACUAAUGAUUGGUUCAAUUUCUAAUGCAUCUGUUGAUGUCAUCGUUAACAGCACCAAUAAACAGCUCCAGCUUAAUGAUGGUUCUAUCUCCAAAUUUAUUCUCAAAACUGCUGGUCCCCAGAUACAAUAUGAAUGUAACCAGAGUUAUCCUCAAGGUAUUUCUACAUCUGAAAUAGCCGUCACUAAAGGAUAUAACCUCAACUGUAAGAAUGUAUUUCAUCUGGUAUUACCUGAAUGGGAUGAAAAUUCUUCUCAUUUAAUUCUGGCAAACUUGACUCAAAUAAUAACCACUUGUCUGGAAACUGCUGAGAGAAUGGAAGCUAGAAGCCUUGCAUUUCCUAUAUUAGGAGCUGGGGUACUGAAGUACCCCAUUGAAAACCUACCCAGAACAAUGUAUGAAGCAGUGAAAAACUAUUCAGAUCUAAAUUCAAACCAGAUCAAAGUUGUUAAAUUCAUGGUUUUAAGUAAUGACACAGAAAUACUGAAGGAAUUUAAAGAAUAUUUCCAAGGAAACAGGAGGGGUUUAGAUACAUCAUCAGCUGCAUCCACAUCUGAAUCCUGGUGGAAAUCUUUCUGGCCUUUCGGAAGGAAAACAGAAUCGGUCCCUGUUACAUGGUCACCAAUGAAUGACAAGGGAUUAAUUAAAAUUGUUAAAGUCACAAAGGGACCAGAAUAUGACGACAUCCAGGCCACUUUCUGUCGGAAUUUGCCUUCCUAUCGUAUAAUCAAAAUUGAGAGAAUUCAAAAUAAAACAUUAUACCAGAGAUACAAAGCAUUGAAAAAACAAUAUGAGGCAGAAAAUCCUAAGGUUAAAAUUGAAGUUGAUGGCCUUUGGCAUGGUACUACUGCAGAAUGUGUUGAGAGAAUAAAUAAAUAUGGUUUCAACCAUAGCUCUUGUGGUAAAAAUGCCACUGCAUUUGAUGAAGGUGUUUCCUUUACCACAGACAUCCAGAAUUCUACAAGUGAUAAAUAUUCUACUCCUGACCAUAACAACAUAAAGAGAAUAUACAAAUGCAGUGUUCUUGUGGGCAAAGUGAUACAAAAACGUCAUGGAUUGAAUGUUUUACAGGAUCCUUACAAUUCCACUGUUGAUAAUAUUCAAAGACCCAGGAAUUAUGUUAUUGUUCGUGACUCUCAGGCAUAUCCUCAUUAUUUAAUUACAUUCUCUAAUUGAAAUCAAGACUUUUGUAACUCUAAAACUGUUCAGAUUUGUAACAGUAAAACUAUUCACAUUUGUAACACUGAAACUAUUCAAAUUUGUAACAUUUAAACUUUUUUUGUAACACUUAAACUUUUUCUGAUUUGUAACAAACUUUUUCUGAUUUUUAACACUAAAACUAUUCAUAUUUGUAACACUUAAACUUUUUUUGUAACACUUAAACUUUUUCUGAUUUGUAACAAACUUUUUCUGAUU